AUGUCCUCUCUAAGAAUUAGAAGAAAUUGUAAUAUUUCUACACAUUCUAUAUUAUAUUAUUUUUUAUCACGUAUAAAUUAUCAUAGAAUUUACCUACCUUUUAAUAGUAACGCUCAGAUUCUUGCGGCUCAGAUGAGAUGUGUUAGAAAUAUUCCAAAUAUAAUCGGACAAACUUUGCUAAAACGAAACGUAAAACGAGAGGCUAAUCGAUUACGCAUGUAUAACAGACAUAUCAUUAGUCUGGCAACGGAUUAUAUCUGGAAUAAUUCAACUGCUUUUCAAAGGGAUCAAUUCACAACUUUGGCAGAAUCUGUGAAUAAUAUAAAUCGAAAUCAUGCUUUGCGAUUGAGCCGAGAGGACUUUAUUUUUAGAAUGAAUCAGAUUACUACGCCACAACCAACACAUAGUAUUCUCUUUAACGGUAGUAGUUUUCAAUAA